GAGCUGAGUUGAGGUUGACGUUGACUAAAUAAAGCUGUUUUGUAAUUAUUUUGCUGUUGAUUUUAUAUUUUUAAUUUCCCAUUACGUUUUAGAUUAUAAAAGCAAAAUUUGUCGUAACUAUACGUAAUAGUGCUACUCUGUUACAACAAUGUAUGCCAAGAAAUUUGUCGCCUGCUUUCUUACAUUAUUGAAUUUUGAUUUCGUUCAACCAACAGUUCUAAAGGAAGAUCAUCCAUUCGAUCUUGUUAUAUUCACACAAUUCUGGCCACAGACUGUUUGUAAGGAAUGGAAAGAACACAACCCUUCACACACUUGUGCCAUGCCAGCCAAGAAAGAUUCAUGGACAAUUCACGGCGUAUGGCCCACCAAAUUAGGCACUAAAACUCCAGCAUUUUGUAAUAGAACAUGGUUAUUUGAUCCAGAAGAAGUUCGUCCCAUUGAAAAAGAUUUGUUAGCAAUGUGGCCUAACAUAGAAGUUGAAUCUGCAUACACACUGUGGGCGCAUGAAUGGAACAAGCAUGGAACUUGUGCUGCAGUACUGGAACCCUUAAAUUCACAGCUCAAGUACUUCCAACAGGGUUUGACUUGGUUACAAAAAUACUUUAUUUAUGAUAUUCUCAAAGAGGCUAAUAUUGUUCCAUCCGACAACAAGGAGUAUCGUAUUGAAGAUAUUUAUCAAGCUGUAUUAAAGAAUGUUAGUGUGCGUCCAGCAAUAGAAUGUGAUAGAGAGCAUGGUGGGAAUUUUAUUGUUGAGGUGAGACUAUGUUUCAGUAAGAAGUUGGAAUUAGUUGACUGCGAUGGAAUAGCUUUCCAUGAUAUGGAGGAAUAUGGAUCAAUUUUGACAAACUGCAACCCAAAUAGUGGUGUUUAUUAUCUUGAAAAUGCAGUACCAAAAACUGUUUAUGUGCAGUUGUACAAAUUACUAUCUUGGCUGCAGUGGUUUACUUUGUAAAUAUUUGGAUGUGAUUAGUACCUAUUUAUUUUAUUCAACAUUUGUUGAUUUUAAGCAUGAAUUUUAAAGAAGCAACAGUAAUUACCACCCCUUCAAAAUAUAACCCCUAAUACUACAUUUAAAUGUAUGUAGCACUGCAUUCUUUAAUUAAACAUGGUUAUGACAGAUUAUGCCAAUUUCUUUACAUGUCAGUAACUGAUCAUCAUAUAUAAAAUAUCUAAAUACGUAAAUAUAUUUUUAUGAAUAUUAUUAUAACAUUUUCUUGUUGUAACUUAAAGCUUAUUUACAAAAAGAAGAGACAAUAACUUUCUUACCUUUUAUUAUUUCAAGAAAUGGAAUUAUGUAUUCAACAGAUUUAUGGAACUUCAACUUUCAAUAAAAAAAAAUUCAGUGCACUUAUGAUUAAUAUUUAGAAAAAAACUAUGAGGUAUUUUGUAAAGUCUAUCUAUAAAAAGUGCCUAAACACAAUAAAACAUACAGUCAACUGGGGCUGGGGUAGACAGAGCCAACAAUCUUGACUGAUAGGCCAUGUGUUCCUGUCUUCAACGCAAAUUAGUAUUAAAUAUUGACACUGCAUAAUAUUUUUGUAGUACCAAAACUUCUGAACUUUAUAAAUUUAAGUAAAGCUUUUUUGUAAAUGAAAUAAUUUUGUACUUAAAAUCGAUUUGUUUUUAUUAUUAGCCUAGUCACUGUGUAAAUUUUAUAUAAAUUAAAUAUUAAAGGCUGGUAUUUAUUUUUAUUUUAGAAUCUCCAAAUGGGGUAUUUUUCAAAAGCAUUUUUAUCAAAUGGAUUUCAGUCGUGGGGUAAUGAGUGAGGUAGGCGAGUUGGAUAAAAAUAAUUGUGCAACAUACCUACAUAUACUAAAAAUAUAACCUAACCACUAUUUCUUACUUAUUCAAUAAAACUAACUGAAUUAAGACUAAAUACUUUGUAAACUUUUUCAGCCCCCGUACUAUCGCACACGCAAUGCCGUUUUUAUCGCGCGUACAACUAUCACUGUGCCGUUUCACGUCAUAAUAAGAAGCAAAACAGCGAUAGUUUUUCUAAAAACAGUGUCGCGCGUGCCUUGUUACGGAGACAGGAUACCAAUUAUUUUACAAAAAAUUUUAACAGAUGUGACUGCGACUUUAUCUGUGGAAAUUCCAAAGAGACAGUUGCAGAGGAUUUUUGUUUGUACAAUGUUAAGUAAUUAAAUUACAAGAACAUAUAAUAUUGUUUAUUUCGCAGAUUCCUACACAUGUAGCUAUGAUAAAAUAGUUUAACAAAUUCUACAAGAAUUGUGUGUGUUGAAAUUAAUUCAAACUUUGUUACACUGUCAUUGGAAAAAAAAAUUAAUCAAAAGUAAAAAAAAAAUUUAGUGAAAUUUUCUAAGAAUUAAAAUAUUGAGUAGGUAUUCUAAAGAAAAGGCAAAUUACAUUCAAGGACUUUAAUUUUAGAUUUUUUAACAAUUGAGUCACCCCAAUGGUCAGACCGACACCGAUGCGUAAACGCACCAUUCACUAACAUGUCCAACUUUUAUGGCCAAAACAGUUUCAAAAUGACCAAUAUUCAAAAAUGCUCACAGGCAAAACACCUACUACAUACAAUGUUAAUUAAAAUUAAUGAAUGAGAACAAUUUAAUAUCAGUCUAAACUAACGAACAGGGUCCAUAAUUAACCUCAUGUCGUUAUUUCAUUGUUGCGUUUAUAAUAUAUUACCAAUCAAUUAUCAAAAAUUUCCAUUAGUUUAUAAGCAUAUUAUGUAUAAAUGUAUUUUACUUGUUAUUGAUGCACUGGAAUAGAGGAGUCCAUUAACUAGACCGCUAUCUGUAUCUAGUGCCUGGAGAUUCAUUUAUUUUAAAUAUUUUGUUCCAACAAAUGGGACUUGCCCAUGAAUUUAAAGAAAAUCUAUUGUUGGAGCCAAAAUUGUUUAUGUUAUGUAUGGACCGUGGUUCCAGUUGAUAGUGGUACUAGUUAACGAACUCUCCCAGUAAUACACUGACUUAAAUACCACGUUGUUUUAGAUGUCCUUUAGCUGGCACACUUCGUAAAACAGUUAAUGCCGUGAAUAAAUAGCCAUUACAUUUUAUUGGCCUCUUGAAACAAUGAUGACCGCGGAUGGAACCAGACCUGGAAUUGAAUUUUUUCUAAUUUAAAUGAAAUGGAAUGAAAAUGGAUUUAUUACUAUUGUAACAAAAUAAGUCUUCCUUCUUACUAAUAUUAUAUAGGCGAAAGUUUGAAAGUAUGUGUGGAUGUAUGUUACUCACCCAAAAUCUACAACCUAGAGUUGUGUCAAACCACAGAUUAACCCCAAUAAUUGGGAGAAAUAUGUGUGUCAAAAAAAUAAUUAUAAUCAAUUUUUAGCUACUUUCUUUCUAAAAUAAUUUUAAUAUGAAAAAUUAUACUUGCCCAACAACUCCAAAGGCAUUUCAUAGUCUUCGUUAGUGAAUAUUUUCUUGGGAAAUGUGGUCAUUAAUUUGAAACUAUCUUCAGCAGCGAACUCUUGGGCAUGCAUUUGAAGGUAUAAUCUGUAAUGAUAAUAAAAUCCAUUAUUAACAUUCAAUACCAAAAAUAUAUGUCAAUAAAAUUUUGAAAUACUCAUAGUAGAAAAUUUUAUAGCAUAGCGAGUUGCCUUGCAUAUUAUGGCAUAAGUUUAUGACAGGGUAGAGGCAAAUUUGCAAUGAAUUUGAGUAUGUUCAGAUGCUGUUGACUGUACAUCUAAUAAAACUUGACAAUUUAA